GCGGCGCGGCUGGCGGGGGGAGGAAGGACUCGGGGGGAGCCCCCCCGUCCCGAGCGCCCCCCGCGGAGGAUCCGGUGGCCGCGAUGGGAAGGAAGGAGGAGGCUGAACCCGCCGGCAGUUUUGUCGCCCCCGUUUUUCUUUUGAGAAAGAGGCUGUGACCCCGGGUCUUUCGCUCGGGUAGAAGAGCUGGGCUUGGAACCCAGCCCGAGGGUACACUGCAGCCCAGGGGGACGCCACGCCGUACACCUGGGAUGGUGGAGACCAAGGACUUGGUGCAGCUCCGGCAGCUCAACUUGGCGCUCCUGAAGCAGCUGUGGGCCGGGCAGGAUGCCGUGCGGCGGUCAGUGGCCAAGGCGGCCUCGAAGUCAGCCCAGGACUCCACCAGCAGCUAUGACUCCCAGACACCAUCGUCCCAGGAGACGUCUUUAAUGGCCUUCAGACCCUCCAGCCUACAGGACACCCAAGAGAGUGAUCCCUGUGAUACGUCCUGGUCUGAUAGGACCAGCUCUGGAGUGAUCUCUCUGCCAUCUGCCAAGUACGGACACCAGGCAUCCCUGGGCUCUCUGAGGCCCUACUCGGCACCCUUGCUGGCCAUCUCAAACUCAGAUGACCCAGAGGUUUCAGCAGAGCUGGACAGUCCCGGGCCUCAGGAGUCCCAGGCCCAGAGCUCCACCCUGGAUCAGCAAAGCAGGCUGUCCAAGUCAAGAGUGACCUUCAGUGAGGAGGCUGCACUGCCUGACAAGAGCUGGCGCCUCAGGCCGUACUUAGGCUACGACUGGAUUGCAGGGUCUCUGGACAACACUUCACCCAUCACCAGCAAGCCCGAGGCCUUCUUCUCGAAGCUACAGGAUUUCCGGGAAGCCAACAAGGAGUUGUGCAUUAACAGUGACCCCGACCCCCAGUUCCUCGGCCCGCGGGAGAGCAGCGGCGUGGAGGAGGACCAUGAAUGCGUGUACUGCUAUCGCGUCAACCGGCGGCUGUUUCUGGUGCCUUCUGAUCCCGGCACCCCCUGCCGCCUGUGCCGGACCCCUCGGGACCAGAAGCGUCCUGACACUCUGGCGGCGCCGGCGCAGGUCAGGGUGAGCAUCCCGCUGUCCAUCCUGGACCCCCCGCACCGGUACCGCAUCCACCGGCGGAAGAGCUUUGAUGCCUCCGACACGCUGGCCCUGCCCCGGCACUGCCUGCUGGGCUGGGACAUUGUCCCUCCGAAGUCUGAGAAGAGCUCAGCCCCCAAGAGCCUGGACCUCUGGUCCUGUGUCUUCUCCGAGGCCCAGCACCAGAAGCUGUCAGCUGCCAGUACUUCCCACCUGGCCCUGCCAGCCAGGGUCCCGCCAUUCACCCCAAUCUGGUCAGAAGCCCAGCCGCGCGCCCCCUGGCUGAAGCCCUGAGGACUGGCCACUUGGAGGAGGAGGACAGAGCCCCUACUGUCACCUGGGACCCCUCUCCUCUGCUGGAGCACCCACGACAAGGGAGCCCUGCCUGGCCUCAGCUGGAGGUGGACUUGGGUCCCCCCCCCCUCCUAGUUGGGCAGGUGGAUGGGCCCAGGCCUUUCUCCUUCCUGGGGACAGAGGUGGGGUCUCCAGGGUCGGGAAGUGACGGGAAGAAGAUUCUGCGGCAUGUCUAUAAAUAAAGCUCAGUCUGACUGAGUUCUCCCAUUCUUCCUUGUCCCUAAAGCUGGGGGCCAUUGCUGAGAGCCUCUCUUGAAGGCCCUGGGCCAGUGGCUCCUCCCCUGCCCUCUCUAGCCCAGCCUGGGAGCCACGGGUGAUGAGAGCCACCGCAGGCACAGACAUGGAAGCCAAGAGCCAGGCUGGAGGCCGGGUUGGCAGAGGGUCCGGAUAUCUCCUUCUGGGUUACCAGCCAGUAUCUGUUUUCCUCCUCAUAGGUAGAACAUGAUGCAAUUCCUGCUUUUGUAGGAUAAAAAUGGCAUAAGUGGGAGGCCGGAGCCCAGAGGAGGCACGUGGUUUUUUUUUGAGGUUUCUCAGCUCAGAGGGCUGGAACGCGAGGGUUGUGGCCUCCACGGGAGCUGGGACACCCGGGAAGCGUGGUCUGCCUGCUGCGCGUGGCUCACGUUCUAGUCAGGGCGGGGGAGGUUCUGCUGCAGGAACUGACGGACCCGCCAACUCUCAGGGCCUUCUGUGGGUUCCAGUUUGUCCGCGUACACAUCCCUGCUCAUUUUCUGCUUUUUUUUUUUUUUUUUUUUAAAUUUAUUUGACAGACUGAGAUCACAAGUAGCCAAAGAGGCAGGCAGAGAGAAGAAGGGAAGCAGGCUCCCCUCUGAGCAGAGAGCCCGAUGCGGGGCUGGAUCCCAGGACCCUGGGAUCAUGACCUGAGCCGAAAGCAGAGGCUUUCAAACACUGAACCACCCAGGCGCCCCUAUUUUCUGCUUUUUUGAUGCUAGCCAUUCGAAUGGGUGUGAAUUGGUAUCUCAUUGUGGUUUUGGUUUGUAUUUCCCUGAUGAUGAGUGAUGGGGAACUUUGUUUCUGGGCUUAUGGGCCAUCUGUAUGUCUUCUUUGGAGAAACGUACAUUCAAGUGCUCUGUUCAUUUUUAAAUCGGGUUGUUUGGGGUUUUUUUGUUUGUUGUUGGUUUUUUUUUUUUAUGUUGUUCACAUGUCAUUUUAAGUCAUAGGGCCUGUGGGAGUCAGUGGUUUUGUUAGAAAUUCUCUGGCCAGAGGGAAAAGAGAAUCUGGAAACCUUCAGCCAAACAAAAGUUACAAAUUUACAGCUGAGAUCAGCUUAGAAGUUCAGCUGACCCAAAAAGCCACAGUUGGACCGAGACAGAUGUUUCCCAUCAAAGUCCUGACUGCCUGUUGGGUCCAUGAAAGCCUCAGGGUAGGUGGUUUCUCUGGAAACACAAUUCUUUUGAAAAUGUAGGUUUCACCAGUUUACUUCCAGUCACUCCUCUGUACGAGAAACCACACCCAUGGUCUCCCAACACCGUGACCCCAUUGACAGUCAGACUCGCCCUUACUUUGUCCGCCACCGGGAAAAGUGGGUCUAAGCUCUGCCGCCCAGCCUGUGAGAUUGUGCUACUCUCAGAGAUGUUAAAAUGUGAAAGGAUUUGCUACUUAGAAUGAAUGAGACACAACAAUGUCUAUUUUUUAAAUUAAAAAAUUGUUUCAUUUUAUUCUUUUUUAA